GAGACGACCGACAAGGAGCUGAGAGCAUUGCGGGAGAAGAUGAGCGGGCUGGAGCUGUGGCCAGAGUAUGAACCAAAUGAACUGAAGAUCACUCCAGAACGCAUCUACGCCCUCGGUAUGCACCCAACGACCGACAAACCCCUCAUCUUCGCCGGCGACAAACUGGGCAACCUAGGCAUAAUCGACGGCUCCCAAAAAGCUACCACCAACAAUCCCGAGGAUGCAGACGACGAAGACGCCGAUUACGAAGGCCCCUCCAUCACCACCCUCAAGCCUCACACUCGCACAAUCCACACCUUCCAAUUCAGCCCGCACGACGCAAACGCCCUCUACUCUGCCUCCUACGACUCUACGGUCCGCAAGCUCGACCUCGCAAAGGGCGUUGCAGUUGAAGUAUACGCACCCAAAGACACCUCCGAAGAUGCGCCCCUAUCCGGUGUCGAGAUAUCCAAGAACGACCCGAACACGCUGUACUUCUCGACCCUGGAUGGCCGCUUCGGGAUCUACGACAUGCGCGCGCCGUCCGAGAGAGCCGCGGGGCUGCAAAUCUUCCAGCUGUCCGAGAAGAAGAUCGGAGGAUUCACGCUGCAUCCUCUCCACCCGCACCUCGUCGCCACCGCGUCCCUCGACCGCACGCUCAAACUCUGGGACCUCCGCAAGAUAUCCGGGAAGGGCGACUCGCGAUUACCAGCGCUGGUUGGACAGCACGAAUCGCGCCUCUCCGUCUCCCACGCUGCGUGGAAUGCCGCGGGGCAGGUCGCAACAGCGUCCUACGACGACACCAUCAAGAUUCACGACUUCUCGUCCUCUUCGACCUGGAGCCCCGGCCACACCCUAUCUGAUCCUGAAAUGAAGCCCACAGCCGUGAUUCCGCACAACAACCAGACGGGUCGCUGGGUCACCAUUCUGCGGGCGCAGUGGCAGCAGUUCCCUUCUGAUGGCGUCCAGCGCUUCUGCAUCGGGAACAUGAAUCGCUUUGUCGAUAUAUAUACAGCGAAGGGGCAGCAGCUUGCGCAGCUGGGGGGCGAGGGGAUUACGGCCGUGCCGGCGGUGGCGAAGUUCCACCCGAGUAUGGACUGGGUUGCUGCGGGGACGGCGAGUGGGAAGCUGUGCUUGUGGAUGUAGGUGUAACAGGAGGGUUAUCGUGCUUGGGGAAUGUUUUUGGGGCUCUGCAUGGAGCAUGUGUGACAGCAACGUUGGAAUGCACCAUCGCGUGGCAAUAGGCCUGGAUAUGACAAUACUCUUGCUGGUCGCUUAUAUCAGUUUUCGAGGUGUGUUCGCCGUAUUGCCUGUCGAUCUGUCCCUUAUUUAUCAAGGUGCAGAGCAUUGAUUGUAAACGUCUUCUCGGUAU